AUGUCACAAUUCUGGUCUAAAAUCAAGACACAGUAUGGAUCCGCCUCUCAGGCGUUAUCGAAUCUGUCACUAUCUAACUCUGAACACGAUGGAGAUACCGAGACAGAUACAGUUAUACACAAGGCAUUAGUACGCUAUUAUACAGCAAAAGAAGGCUAUGCUCCUCAAUGGCUGGGAGUACCUCAAUCAGCUGCGACUCCUUCCAGUGGGCGAAACUAUAGCAAUGGCUUGCAGAAUCAAUCUGAACAGCUGCCAGGUAGGCCCCUAUCAUCACGGAGCCAGUCAUCAUUACAAGAGAUUUAUAGACGUCGUCAGCAACAGCAGCUAGAGCAGCAAGAACAACAGGCUCAACAACAACAACAGCAUCUCCCUAUAAGGGGUAAUGCACCCACCAGCUCACGACCCCAUAUGUAUUCUGACAACUCUAAUAGUUCCUCAGAUCGUAGAGACAACUUGCGAAACAAGCUUCGAAAUGCUGGUGGCAGUAGAGCCAACUGGUAA